AUGCCAGUUGCCAUCUAUUCAGCCCCGGAAAUAUGGCAGAGAAGGAUGAACGAAAUCGUUGAAGGCUUAUCGGUAGUGGAGGUCAGAGCAGACGACUUCCUAGUUGGUUUUGGAGACACUGAUGAGGAGGCACUAUCAAACCAUGACAAGAAUCUGAGGGCUUUUCUGGACAAGGCACGACAGAGAAACCGAACAGUUACAUCAGAAGGUCUUCAAGCAGAUCCAGAGAAACUAAAGGCAGUUCUACAAAUGCCUACACCGACCGAUGUAAAAGCCCUGAAACGAGCAUUAGGAACGACGAAUUACUUGUCAAAGUUCAUACCGAGGUUGUCAGAGGUCUGUAGCAAACUGAGAAGGUUAGACCACAAGGAUGUUGAGUGGCACUGGCAAGACCAGCACGAGAGAGCAUGUCAUGAGGUGAAGAGACUGGUUGCUACCAUCCCUGUGCUUGCAUUCUAUGACCUACAGAGAAGAUACGACUUACAGAUACGAUAUAGAAGAGGCAGUGAGCUCUACAUAGCAGAUACGUAUACGUUAUCUAGAGUGUACCUGAAUGAAGCAGAACAAGCACAGGAGCGAAGCGAGUUUUACAAGAAACUGGAGCAGAUCAACAUGACUGAAGAUUGGAACAACCGAGAGACGAGCCUACAUGACAUUAGACGAGCCACUAGCCAAUAUGAGGAAUUACAACUUGUCGGCAGACUGAUAGCCGCAGGGUGGCCUUCCACCGAACACAACGUUCCAGCAAUGGCACACCCAUACUUCAGUUGUAACGAUGAGUCGGCAGUGCAGCAUGCUUUUGUGUUCAAGGGUGAUCAAGUUGUGAUACCAGUAACAUUGAGAAGCCAAAUGAUCAAGAGGAUACACUCUUCACAUUUGGAAAUUGAAGGAUGUUUAAUGAGGCAUUCUGCAAUUUUACUGUUACCAGAGCAGAGCCCCGAACCAGUUCAGCCUCAUGAGAUUCCGUACCGGCCACGGGCCAAAGUGAGAGUUGAUUUGUUUGAACUGGACGGUACAACAUAUGCUAUAACAGGGGAUUACUACUCGAAUUUGUUUAAAGUGGACAGUGUGAAAGACACUAUAUGCUCAACGGUGAUCCAUAAGAUGAACAGUGCGUUUGCAAGGCACGGGAUUCCAGAUGUCGUUGUCAGCGACAAUGGACCUCAAUUCAGCAGUCAGGAGUUUAGAAAAUUUGCAAAGGAAUGGGCGUUUACACACGUGACGUCAUCACCAAGAUACCCACAAGUCAAAUGGGAAGGUUGA